GUUAUCGGCGUCUUUGUCAAUUUCGUUACUUCGUUGCAGCUGUACUAAUUGUAAAUUAAAACAAUAAAAAUGUUUUAUAAAAGCCAAUAAUAUUAAACUCUGUACGGUCUUGAUUUCAAGACAAAUCGUGCAAAGCGUUGAUCGCUUACGUUUUAUUAGCACGACACCCAAGAUGGCUGAUAUUAAGUCAAUGCUUACAAAAAUGAGUAACGGUACCCAGAAUGGAUCCCCACAGGCUGCCCCUGGAAAGGGCCAAAAGGGAACCAUCGAGAAAAUGUACCAGAAGAAGUCUCAAUUAGAACAUAUUCUUCUCCGUCCUGACACAUACAUUGGGUCCGUUCAGCGGGCCAAAGAAACUAUGUGGGUUUUCGAUAAGACCAAGGAGUGUAUGGUUCAGCGGGAACUGAUAUAUGUACCUGGUUUGUACAAAAUAUUUGACGAAAUAUUAGUAAACGCAGCUGAUAAUAAGCAAAGAGACCCCAAGAUGGAUGUUAUAAGAGUUGACAUUAAUCAAGAACAGAAUACAAUAUCUGUAUAUAACAAUGGUUGCGGUAUUCCAGUUGUGAUGCAUAAAGAGGAGAAAAUGUAUGUACCGACCAUGAUCUUCGGACACCUUUUGACGUCUUCAAACUAUAAUGAUGAGGAAGAAAAAGUAACUGGUGGACGUAAUGGCUAUGGUGCUAAAUUAUGUAACAUUUUCUCUACUAAAUUUACAGUAGAAACUGCUUCCAAGCAAUACAAAAAACAUUUUAAACAGACAUGGGGCGCCAAUAUGACGAAGGCUUCUGAACCUAAAAUAAAAGAAUCUGGCAAAGAUGAUGAUUUUACAAAAGUGACUUUUAGCCCUGAUUUGGCUAAAUUUAAUAUGGAUAAGUUGGAAGAUGACAUUGUUGCUUUGAUGUCACGUAGAGCGUAUGACAUUGCUGCAUCCUCACAAGGUGUGAAAGUUUAUCUCAAUGGAGAGAGAUUGAAAAUAAAUAAGUUUAAAGAUUAUAUUGACUUAUACAUUAAAGGUAAAGAGCAGGAGAACGGGCAACCCUUGAAGGUUGUAUAUGAAAAGGUUAGCGACCGUUGGGAAGUAGCACUGACACUUUCAUCAAAUGAGGGUUUCCAACAAGUAUCUUUCGUAAAUUCAAUUGCUACGACAAAAGGUGGAAAACAUGUCGACACAGUAGCUGACAGUAUUGUUAAGAACGUUCUAGAAGUAUUAAAGAAGAAAAAUAAAGGCGGUGUCAUUAUCAAACCAUUCCAAGUUAAGAGCCACAUGUGGCUAUUUAUUAACUGUCUCAUCGUAAACCCUACCUUUGAUUCACAAACAAAGGAAAACAUGACUCUCCAAGCUAAAAGCUUUGGUUCGAAGUGUAAUCUCUCAGAGAAAUUCAUUACAGCAGUUUCUAAAUCUGGCUUAGUUGAAUCAGUGCUAAUGUGGGCUACAACUAAAGCAGAAAAAGAACUUGCUAAGACCUCUGGUAAGAAAAAGAGUAAAUUAAAAGGUAUACCGAAAUUAGAAGACGCUAACGAAGCAGCGCUGAAAAAUUCUCAUCUUUGUACCCUAAUUCUGACCGAGGGAGACUCAGCUAAAACUUUAGCUGUGUCUGGACUUAGUGUUGUUGGCAGAGACUAUUACGGAGUAUUUCCCUUAAAGGGUAAACCUUUAAACGUCAGAGAUGCGUCUCACAAACAGGUCCAUGAAAAUGUCGAAAUAAAUAACUUAGUACAAAUUUUAGGUCUACAAUACAAAAAGAAAUAUAAUACAGUUGACGAUUUGAAAUCAUUGAGAUACGGUAAAGUAAUGAUAAUGGCCGAUCAGGAUCAAGACGGUUCGCAUAUCAAAGGACUUAUCAUUAAUUUUAUCCAUCACAACUGGCCAGAAUUAUUAAAACUUCCAUUUUUAGAAGAAUUCAUCACGCCUAUAGUCAAAGCGACUAAAAAAGGCAAAGAAAUAUCUUUUUAUUCUUUGCCCGAAUUUGAGGAAUGGAAGAAAGAAACUGAAAAUCAUCACACAUAUAAUAUCAAAUACUACAAAGGUUUGGGUACCUCCACAUCUAAGGAGGCCAAAGAGUAUUUCCAAAAUAUGGAAAGGCACAGAAUCAGAUUCAGAUAUGCUGGUAAUACAGACGAUCAUCAUAUCGAGUUGGCAUUUUCUAAGAAAGGUGCCGAUCAACGUAAGGAAUGGUUGACAAAUCAUAUGAAUGAAGUGAAAAGGAGAAAAGAAAUCGGUCUCCCGGAGAGAUACUUGUAUACAAAAGACACUAAAGCUGUUACAUAUUCGGAUUUCGUUAAUUUAGAGCUGGUUCUCUUUUCUAAUGGUGAUAAUAUACGAUCAAUACCGUCAAUAAUGGACGGCUUGAAGCCUGGCCAACGUAAAGUAAUUUUCACAUGUAUAAAACGUAAUGAUAAACGUGAGGUCAAAGUAGCUCAACUGGCUGGUUCAGUUGCUGAACAUUCUGCAUAUCAUCAUGGUGAGCAAUCCCUAGCUAUGACCAUUGUAAACUUGGCUCAGAACUAUGUGGGCUCGAACAAUAUUAAUCUAUUGGAGCCUAGAGGUCAGUUCGGUACUCGUCUCUGUGGUGGAAAAGACUCGGCAAGUCCGAGAUAUAUAUUCACGCUCAUGUCUCCACUCACUAGACUCGUGUUUCAUCCCCAUGAUGACCCCUUGCUUGUGCACGAAUUUGAAGACAACCAAAAGAUUGAACCAAUCUACUACAUCCCCAUCUUACCCAUGAUGCUGGUGAACGGAGCUGAGGGUAUUGGUACUGGGUGGUCCACUAAGAUACCCAAUUAUAACCCUAGAGACAUUGUGGCUAACAUUCGGCGUAUGCUCGAUGGCCAAGAACCACUACCAAUGCAUCCGUGGUAUAAAAAUUUCCGCGGUACAAUCGAAGGUUUCGGCGAUAAAUACGUCAUAUCCGGCGAAGCGGCCAUCUUGCCGAACGAAAAGAUCGAAAUCACUGAACUUCCGGUCGGUGUUUGGACACAGAAUUAUAAAGAGAAUGUUCUAGAACCUAUGCUUGGAACUGAUAAAGUUAAACCACUUAUAUCAGACUACAAGGAAUAUAACACAGAUACAACAGUAAGAUUUGUUGUGACUUUAUUGCCGGGGAAGCUAGCUGAAGUAGAAGCCGAAGGCAUACACAAAGUGUUCAAAUUGCAGACUACUAUAUCUAUGACGUAUAUGAAUGCUUUCGAUCACAAUAACUGUCUUAGGAAAUACGAUAAAGUAGAAGAAAUCCUUCGUGAGUUUUAUGACGUAAGAUUAAAAUACUACGCUAGGAGGAAAGACUAUUUAGAAGGUCAAUUACAGGCCGAGGCAGACAAACUGACAAACCAAGCAAGGUUCAUUGUCGAGAAGUGUGAUAAAGGAUUGGUUGUCGAGAAUAAGAAGAGAAAGGCUCUUGUUGAAGAACUUAUUAAGAGAGGUUAUGCACCGGACCCCAUAGCUGAAUGGAAGAAAAGAGCAAGCAAAAUGCAAGGACUCACUGCACUGGAAGAUGAAGAGGAAGCAGAGUCUGAGGACGAACCCGAACCAGAGGAAAUUAAGGGGAAACCUGCUGAUCCUGAGAAAGAGUUCCAGCAACUUAAAGAAGUGAAAAGAUUCAACUACCUGCUGGGCAUGUCUAUGUGGAUGCUCACAAAAGAGAAGAAAGAUGAAUUACUCAAGCAGAGAGACCAGAAAUUGGAAGAGCUCAAUGCUCUCAAAAAGAAGACCCCAGCAAUGUUGUGGCGCGAUGAUCUCGAUGUUUUCUUAAUUCGUCUUGAUGAACUAGAGGAAAAGGAACGGCAGGAAGAGUCCGCCACUAACAAGAAGAGUUCCAAGGCUUUUGCAGCAAAUAAGAAAAACCGCAAAUCAAUGCUGGACAUCGCGCCUUCGGAAAAUGGCAGACGAGUUGAGCCGAAAAUAUCAGAAGACCUUAUCAAGAGGAUACAAGCGGCUGAGAAAGCUAAAAUGAAGAAAGAAGUUAAGAAAGAAUAUGAUCCUGAUGACCCAACGGGCGUCAGUCCAGCCAGUGGUGAAAAGAAACCGAAGGCAGCUCGAGCUAAGAAAGAAAAAACUGAGAAGCCAGAGAAAGAGAAAACAGAUGGACUCAAACAAACCAAGCUCACAUUUAAAAAGGAACCUAAAAAGAAAAAGAUGACAUUCAGUGGUAGUAGUUCAGGGGAAAUGUCUGAUUCUGAAAUUGAAAUAGCCGAUCCUCCUGCUCCAAGGGAAAGACAGAAUGCCAGGCGAGCGGCAACUAAGGUGCAGAAAUACAAGGACGGGUCGGAUGAUUCAAAGUCUGAUUCAGAAGUAGAAUUGUUAGACAAUAAAUUAGAAUCGGAUACAGAAAAACCGUUAGCGAUGUCUCUUAGUGACGAAGAUGAAGAUUUCAAUAUCAAGAAGAGCAAUGCUAAGAAAAAACCCGCUGAUAUGGACUCUGAUUGUCUAUUUGAUUCGUUAAUAGAGGAUUCGAAGAAGGAAACUGAAAAGGCAAAUGAUAUUAUAGCAACAGUAUUAUCAAGUGACGAUGAAAUAGUAAAAGAGUCACCGCCUCCGAAGAAAAAGCCAGCUCCCAAACGGAAACUUAUGAAUGUUGAUAAAGACAAAGAUAAACCUAAAAAGAGACCUGCUAAACUUUUGCUCAGUCAAGACAGUGACGAUGACGACAGUAUAUUUGACAGUAAAAAGGAUAAAAAAAAGCAGAAUCCGAAGAAAAAGACGAAGAAAAUGAGCAGUGACAGCGAUAGUGACGGGGGAGCACCCGUCGCCCCUCGGGCCAACGCCAGAGCCAGAGCCCCUCAGAAGUACCACUACAGCGAUGGCUCUGACUCUGACUGAGGGUGGAUAUUAUAGGCCGCUGCAUGUGGAAAUGGAUUAGCGUGAGAGCUACAGAGAUGUUUUUAUAAGAUUCAUAUUGGGUCUUGAACUGUUUGAGUAUUUUCGUAUUACUUAUAAAUAUAAGUAAAUAUAAGUAUUGUGUCUAUUCUACUUAUUGUUAGUUAAAUUGUCAUAAUAUUAUUAAUAGUAGUAAAUUAGAAUUAUCUUUUCUUUUGUAUAAUCAUAUUCUAAAUUUAAGUUCGUCUAGUAAAUGCUACUGACGAACUUAAAUAUUGAAAUUUUUACUAUUUUUACUCUGUGGUCUUACUUCAGAAUUCUUCUAAUUUUUUUACGAAACUUAACUUCUAAAUUUUGUGUAAUUCUCCUCCUUAAAAAAAUAUCUUUCUUUUUAUUUUCAUGUUUCGUGUCUUAAUAUUUUUGUUGUCUUCUUAAUUUUAUUGUAUAUUUGAUUUAAGAACUAUAAAAUGUGGUAGUUUAGAGACAAAAAUCCUAUAUUUUUAAUAUUUAUUGUCGUUUUAAAAUUCAAAUACAAUUGUUUAUUUUUAAUGUGUAUUUGUAUGACAUCUUUAAGAAAUCUCAUUCCAUAUUUUAUGAUCGAGGAAAUGAAAUGUUUAGUUGUCAAUUAUUACGAUCACGGUAUUACGCAGAUGAAAUAAAAAUACUUAUUAACUUGGAACAUUUCUUAUUACGUAUUGUCAUUUUUAAUGUUUUCACGUAACAAUGUCUCGAUUGUUAUAAUAAUUUGUAAAUAAAUUAUUUUUUAAGGAA